AAGUCAGACACCGCUUCCGGUGUCGCCACCUUCUUUGUCUCCGGCCCAACAUUUCGACACCAGGGGUUGUCUAUUUUUUUUCCCUUUAGGUUUGAGGAUAUAUAUACACAUAUAUCCAUAGUUUUCUGAUAUUGAAUGACAGUCGACUCUGAAAUAUUUAUGCCUAAAAAUAAAGCGCCAAAAAUGGAUGACCUGGACUACAUCCCAGUAGACCUGAGCCCAGAGGAGCGCUCUGAGCUGGAGGACAUCCGCAGGAGGAAGGGCGUCCUGCUGCAGGAGAUCCAGAGGCUCAGAGAGGAAUUAAGAGAGGCAAUUUUGGAGGUGGAGGGACUGGAGACGAGUACAGAGGGCAGUAAAACUCUCCAGAAAAGUAGGCAUGUGGCAAUGGGAAGGAAGAAAUUCAACAUGGACCCCAAAAAGGGCAUUGUGUUUCUGGUGGAAAAUGAGCUGCUCAGACACACUUCAGAGGACAUUGCUCAGUUCCUCUAUAAAGGAGAGGGCCUCAACAAGACUGCUAUAGGAGAUUACCUUGGAGAAAGGGACGACUUCAACAUCAAAGUUCUUCAGGCUUUCGUUGACCUCCAUGAGUUUACUGAUCUCAACCUCGUCCAGGCCCUCAGACAAUUCCUGUGGAGUUUCCGUUUGCCUGGUGAAGCCCAGAAGAUUGACAGAAUGAUGGAGGCCUUUGCUCAGAGAUACUGCCACUGCAACCCCGGUGUCUUCCAGAGCACUGACACAUGUUACGUGCUGUCAUUCGCCAUCAUAAUGCUGAACACAAGCCUCCAUAACCCAAAUGUGAGGGACAAACCUGGUUUUGACCGUUUCAUCUCGAUGAACCGAGGCAUCAACGAGGGAGGAGACCUGCCCGAGGACCUGCUCAGAAAUCUCUACGAUAGCAUUAAAAAUGAGCCCUUCAAGAUCCCAGAGGACGACGGCAAUGACCUGACACACACCUUCUUCAACCCGGACAGAGAGGGCUGGCUUCUCAAACUUGGGGGACGAGUGAAAACCUGGAAACGGCGAUGGUUCAUUCUCACAGAUAACUGCCUUUAUUACUUUGAAUACACCACAGAUAAGGAACCACGAGGUAUCAUUCCCUUAGAAAACCUUAGCAUCCGUGAGGUAGAAGACCCCAGAAAACCUAACUGCUUUGAGCUGUACAUCCCCAACAACCGUGGUCAGCUGAUUAAAGCGUGUAAGACGGAGGCUGACGGGAGAGUAGUGGAAGGAAACCACAUGGUGUACCGCAUCUCCGCCCCCACACCUGAGGAGAAGGACGAAUGGAUCCACAGCAUCAAAUCUGCUGUCAGUGUUGACCCCUUCUACGAAAUGCUCGCUGCCAGGAAGAAACGUAUAUCACUGAAGAAGAAGGAGGAACAACCGUAGAGUAUUCCCUUGAUUCUCUCCCUGUGGCUGUCUUCCUUUUGUCCUUCUCAUUCCUCCUUCCAACACUGGACAGACGUUCCAUCUUUGCUCCCUACUACCUGUUCAUAAGUUUUGUUACCCCUCUUUCCCCCUGUUCUCCAAACGCAUCCUCUGCCUGAUAUGAGGACUCUUGCUAUCCUGUCUACCAGAUUCUUGAAAGCCACAUUCAGAGUGAAACACUCACCCACUGUCGCUGCCUCCUGUUAUCUUGGUUCUUACACUACUGCUGUUACACUACAACCAGAGCACACCGUCUGUCCCAUGUUCUCACCACAUUCCUCUAGCCUUCAGCACUUAAUUAAGUGAACUGUGAAAUGUGUCUUAGUCCAUAUCUAUACUGAAGUUGGUGAUUUCAAGAACACAUUUUUCCUGUUUUGGCCCUUCAACUACAUUUAGCCAACUUCUCAAAACUGAAGCACUCAAAUAUGGAAUAUGUGUGAAAAAUUGUUGUGAUCUCAGACGUGUGUGCGCCUUAAUUCAUUUUUGGGAAUCUUCCUACUUUCUCAUUCUUGCUCUGUAAACCACAAACAAACUUUAAAAACAGUUGAUCAGCAGAAAUAUGUAAGGCUGCAGGCUGAAGCAGCUUGUGCAUGCGUAAUAGAAGACAUUUAAUAUUUCUCUAUAUGUACACCGGCCGGCCUUUUAGACUACUAUCUGAAAAUGCUAGCGUGGACCGAAAUCUUCUAAACGUAUCUUUUUUGACAUCUAUCUGCAUUAGUGUGAAUGUGGUCUUAUUUAGGGUAGCAAGCAGCUUCAGUUCGCUUGAAGUCAAAAAAAAUGUGAGUUCACUAUUCAAACACUAACAAGAUUUAUUUUCAGUUAAUGUUGGUCAGAGAGGAAUCGGUUAAAGUCAAAGCUGCAAAUGAUUUCAGAUUACUGAGAUGUGCCCAUUGCUUCAUAUAGUACUCUAAUGGCUUUAACACACACUACUUCUUUCUACACUUCAGAUACUGUCAUCAUUAUGUGAGGAAAAUGUCGGUAUCCGUUACUGUUCGCCAAGUAACUGUUGAUCUUCAAAUACGGUCGGGUGUUGGAGGCUGAAAGGUUUCUUUACUUGCAGAAUUAAUGAAGACACAUAUGAGCAGUUUCUCUCCUUCCAGAUGGCUUUGUGUUUCAGCUCACUGACACAAUAUAUAUGUUCUUUAGCAUGUUUCUUUACAUGCUUGAGCAAUAGCAGAGUAAACUGUAGUUCCAGGUUGUAGGCUUGUCUUCGAAUUCUUUAUAACACUAUAUUGAGCAACGAUCAUCAUGUCCUCUCCGAUGCAAUGUUCUAGCAUGCAACAAAUCAUUUCCUUCUUGCUCAACACUACAAGACGAACAUUGACAUCUCUCUCACAAGUAUUAACGCUGUUAGACAUUUAACUGUUAGAGCCUGGUCUGCUCCCUCUAGUGAGUUUCAAGAAAUCACAAAGGCAGCUCAUUACAAUGUAUACUUUUUGUAAAUAGAUUUUAGCUUAUUUGUUUAUGAUACACAUAGAAUUGAUUUAAUUUAUUCUUUAUCUUUUGUUAAAACCAGAUUUUUGUACGAGCUACUGUAGGGCUGCAUGUUGAUAAACUGAGGGCGUCAGUCGUAGGUACUGAUGCUUUCCUGAUCAUACUAGUGCACUGAUUUCAGAAGUGUUAGUGUUCCCUGUUGACAUCGAAAAAUUGCAUUUAAUAUGAAAUUUGAUUUAUGCAUAGUGUAAAUUGUCUUAAUCAUAGUUUCUUUGGGAAAAAAAUGAAGAUAUUUAGUUACUAGUUUGGCUUAUCUCUUGACCACACUGUAAAGCACAAGCAGUAAUGAGUCUCACACUCUUUUUGUUUCAUUGGCUGCCCAGUGUCCACCUGAAGUGUGAGGAAGCUAUUUACAAGCUGACAUAGUCUACCCUACCACAGUGAUAGAAAUGAAGCGACAACAAAACAAGGAACACUAACAAAGCUUUGAUUCAUUAUAUAAUAGUAAUAUUAUUGAGAUGUAAUGAAUCAGUAACAAGUUUAGAUUUGUGUCCAGUGAUAGAUUUGCUUGACAUCCAGUUCAUGAACGUAUUACUAGUAGUUUAUUGAAUUGGCAUUUUUUAGCUGGUAGUAAAAAUGAAUUGUCUACUGCACUUUAUCAAUUUUAGCAUUUUGGAGAAAAUGCUGUUACUUUGACUGACAAUAUUCCAAUACUCUGUAGCACCCUCUUCUGGUGAUCUCACAAACUGCAAUAUGCUGAAGGAUGAACCAUGAACUGUGUAGAUGUACUGUUUAACGCCGCCACCUGGUCAGGGCCAGCUACAGCAGUUUCUGACCACCAUGUUCUGUAUUUGUUCACCUGAUAAAGAUCAUGUUGUUUGAAGCUGAA